AUUUCAGUAUCAGAAACGAAUUUUAAGAUGGAACGAAGCCAAACAAAACUUUGAAAACAUACACCUCUGGGAGUUGAAAACAUGUAUUCCUGGCUACUAUGGAGCCCAACCCAAUCGGAUUGUUCUUGGGCUUCUGUGAUUUAUGGAAUUUGAAGGAGGAUUAAGUUCCAACUGGAGAACCGACCGAGAUUGAGGGUUGGAAGCUGCGGUUGGUCGGAGAAGGGGGAGGAAGGCAGUUAAUUUUGGAAAUUCUAUAGACAAAGAAUAUGGGGAGGGAGGGGAUGGCUUUAAACUUGCAGUGCGCUCGAGCGGGGUGCAGAAUUCGAUAGGGAAAUGCGGAGCUUUUUGGCGCGAGCGGUCUGUGCUGUCCCGGGAAUUGCUGGACUUGUUCUCGCCUCUGUUACGCCGCUUUCAUCACCACUGCCGCGUUACCUUGAAACAUUGAAGCAACUUAAGAGUUCUGUUAAACGGUGCUGUGUUUCGUUACCGCCACACUUUCUAGUUCUAUGAGAAGAAGCAACGUGUUGAGGGAGGGCAGUCAAUAAAACUACCCACGUUUGCUUAGCGCUGCACCGGACGUACGCUUUUGUGAGUUUCUGGAGAGUAGUUAUGCACUCAGAUUAGGAAUGUGGAGGCCGGUAUUUUUGUCGUUAGUAAUAUAACUUCUCUCUUUUGUGUAUGCUUGUGUGUGUGUUUAUUUUGAGCGUACCCACAAUAACUAAAAAUAUCCCUUAUGCAGUCAAUAUAUCCCGAACUUCUGGGAUGGAUUGCAAUCUCUUUCUUCUGAAUGGUUUUCACUGAGUUCCUUUAAAUUCACUUGCACUAGCUUGCGGAAAAAAAAAAGAGAGAUUAGGCAGUUGCUUCACGCAGGCGCUAAGCUUUCCUGUUUACCGAAGGCCAGGGCAGGCGUCGUUGCCCACACCUCACUGCGCCCGCGGACCCAGGGUGGUGAGCCGACCCUGCACACCUGCUCCUGGAGAGUUAUUAAUAGAGCUCAAAGAAUGACUUACGCUGUCAAGUGAUUUUCGUGCAUGGCAAUUAGGAGGUGGUGCUCGCCUCUUUCAGCGGAGGAAAGAGGAGACAGAGGUGUGGGUCUCAGCCCUCAGACUGGCAGUUAGGUCUCUUCCGAGGAGAGAGCAUGAGCUGGCGGCUGCGGUUUCCCAGGCCCCCUCAAGCCAAGGAAAAGCAACACAGAAAGCCUGGAUCUCUCCCACUGAAUCACCCCGACAGCGUGUGACAGCUUUCUCAACGUUGCCCUCUAGCGUCUGGAGAAGUGCCACGCCAGGGUUCCUGGGGACACAGUGGGCACCAUGGGGUCCACCAGCAUCCCGUUGGUCAAGGCCCUCCGCAGCUCCAUCUCCGACUAUGUCAACUAUGACAUCAUCAUCCGGCAUUACAACUACACGGGAAAGCUGAAUAUCAGCGCUGACAAGGAUAAUGGCAUUAAACUGACCUCGGUGGUGUUCAUCCUCAUCUGCUGCUUUAUCAUCCUGGAGAAUAUCUUCGUCUUGCUGACGAUUUGGAAAACCAAGAAGUUCCACCGACCCAUGUACUAUUUUAUUGGUAACCUGGCUCUCUCAGACCUGUUGGCAGGAGUGGCGUAUGUAGCCAACCUGCUCUUGUCUGGGGCCACCACCUACAAGCUCACCCCUGCCCAGUGGUUUGUGCGGGAAGGGAGCAUGUUCGUGGCCCUGUCUGCCUCUGUGUUCAGCUUGCUAGCCAUUGCCAUUGAGCGCUACAUCACCAUGCUGAAGAUGAAACUCCACAAUGGCAGCAACAGCUUCCGCUCCUUCCUGCUGAUCAGUGCCUGUUGGGUCAUCUCUGUCAUCCUGGGCGGCCUGCCCAUCAUGGGCUGGAACUGCAUCAGCAUGCUCUCCAGCUGCUCCACGGUGCUGCCGCUCUACCACAAGCACUAUAUCCUCUUCUGCACCACGGUCUUCACUCUGCUCCUGCUCUCCAUCGUCAUCCUAUACUGCAGGAUCUACUCCUUGGUUAGGACUCGGAGCCGCCGUCUGACCUUUCGCAAGAAUAUUUCCAAGGCCUCCCGCAGCUCUGAGAAGUCACUGGCGCUGCUCAAGACGGUGAUUAUUGUCCUGAGCGUCUUCAUUGCCUGUUGGGCGCCCCUCUUCAUCCUGUUGCUGCUAGAUGUGGGCUGCAAGGUGAAGACCUGUGACAUCCUCUUCAGAGCGGAGUACUUCCUGGUGUUGGCUGUGCUUAAUUCUGGCACCAAUCCCAUCAUUUACACUCUGACCAACAAGGAGAUGCGCCGGGCCUUCAUCAAAAUCAUGUCCUGCUGCAAGUGUCCCAGUGGAGACUCUACUGGCAAAUUCAAACGACCCAUCAUUGCUGGAGUGGAAUUCAGCCGCAGUAAGUCGGACAACUCCUCCCACCCCCAGAAGGACGAUGGGGACAACCCAGAGACCAUUAUGUCCUCUGGAAAUGUCAACUCUUCUUCCUAAAACUGAAAGCUGCCAACCCAUGGGGGGGUGUUCUUAUGUGGCCACCACCCCAGUGUUUGGAAAAAUUCUCUGGGCCUCGACUGCUGCCAGGGAGGAGCUGCUGCCAGCCAGAAGGAGGGAGGGAGAGAAUAUGAGAAGCCUGGAGCUGGUGGGUAGAGUUAGUUCCUGGGAACAAUGCACUGGGAAGGGUGGAGAUCGGGUCCUGGCCUGGAAUAUAUUUCCUCCCUCCUGGAGCUUUGAUUUUGCACUGAGCCAAAGGUCUAGCAUUGUCAGGCUCCUGAAGGGUUCAUCUGGCCCCUCCUCAAAGACGAAUGUCCCCAUGUGAACCGUCUCUUUGUCUGGAACUUUGAGGAGAAGGUGAUUUUUUUCACUUUAGUUUAAACCCAGAUGAGUGUGUGCACUUCUGCUUCUCUAGGAAUGUUCUGCAUAUCCCGCUCUCCAUUCCCUUUCACACCCCUCCUCAAAAUUUAUUUUAUGUGUUAACUGUCUGGCCAUCAUCAGAGCCAGGGUGGUGGCGUGGUCCCUUUCCUGGUCAUCUGUAGCAGGUUGGCUGAAUUGAGUAGGUUGCCCUGAGGAGAUGGAGAUGGUUUGGAGAUAAUAAAGCAAUUUCAUUUGCUGAGGCCAAAGUUUCCACGUAAGCUGGAUCAGUGUUUUGGAAUUUGGUUGAAGUCACUUUGAUUUUUUUUUUUUUUUUUUACAUCUUCUACAGUGAAAUAAAUGUGUUACAGUAUCAUAUCCAUUGUGGCUGAAUCUGUAUAGGGAAGUCCCCUUUAUCUAAAUGAUAUCAGCCAGGAUCCUUAGUGUCAUAAAAGAAGCAACGGAGCAAAAGACGGUGAAAACUGACUGGGGAUUGACUUUUGUAAACCAAGAGAGAUUCCUUAAUAUUCAAAUGUGUCUAACAAAUACAACUUCUGUCUUUGGCACUUUUCUUGAUGUUUAUUUCAGAGUGUUGUGGGAUUGAUUUCAACCAACAGGAUGGUUGUAUUUUGUUGUGUUAAAAAUACUUUUUAUGAUUUUUGAAUGUAUUUGUUUCAGCAAAGGUCAUUGUAUUGGAUUUUUCUAACGUGUUAACACCAUUGAAUGUGCAUCUCUUAAGAAAAUACCACCCUCUUGUGCCCUUAAAGCAUUAUUUUAACUGAUAGGGAACAUCAGACAUUUUUCAGUACAGUGUAAAUUAGAUAGUCAAUGGAAAAGGUGUAUAAAUGUUACAAAGAAUAAAAAUAUAUCGCUGUC